UUAAGGAGAAAGCAUUCCACACUACUUCGGUUUUUAACAUAAAAUAAUUAAAAUUAAUGUAUCAAUUAAUAAAUCAAUAGCCCCCGUUGGCUAGUGGCUGCCUUACUGGGUAGACCAAGUCUGGAUUGUAAAUACAUUCAGAUGUUCCAAGCAAAAGCAAAGUUCCCCGCGGACGCCCCAUUAAGCUCUGGGUUCAGGGAAGCGCGGACCCUGCAGUUCUGGGCGUUUUCACCAGGUAGCGCUCAGAACGCCCUCACGUGACGAGCGUCCCACCCGGAAGCGAAAUCUCCUCUUCUACAGAGUUCCUCCCGCGCUUCCUCCAUCCGCGGAUACACAGAACCUCAUCUCCUCCGGUGCUGAAGCCUGCGGCGGGGCAGGAUGGGCAGGAGAGCAGAGCCGGGGAGUGUGCGGCGCCGGUGAAGAGCGGCGCGUAAUUCCCGCGGCGGGAUUGUUCCGCGCCCGCAGCUCCUGGACUAGCAAGCUCUGAACCCCGGCGGCUGCGUGCUUACAGGCGCAGACGUAAGAGAGCCCUCGGCUUAAAGCGCUUCGCCGGGCUAGCGCCAUCCCCUCGCCUUCUUCAAGGCCUCCAGGGCUGGGCCCAAGCUCCCGUCGACGGCACCCUGGGCCCAGAGCACUCGCGGGCCCCAUCGCCAAUGAUUCAGAACUCACGUCAGUCGCUGCUGCAACCCCAAGAUGUCGGAGACACGGUGGAAACGCUUAUGUUACAUCCAGUGAUCAAGGCUUUCCUGUGUGGCUCCAUCAGUGGGACCUGUUCUACCCUCCUUUUCCAACCUCUGGAUCUCCUUAAAACACGCCUGCAAACCCUCCAGCCCUCAGAUCAUGGGUCUAGACGUGUUGGGAUGUUGGCUGUACUCUUGAAGGUGGUUCGCACGGAGAGUCUUUUGGGCCUUUGGAAAGGAAUGUCCCCUUCCAUUGUGAGAUGUGUCCCUGGCGUUGGAAUCUACUUUGGCACUCUCUACUCUUUGAAGCAGUAUUUCUUGCGAGGCCAUCCCCCAACCGCCCUGGAGUCGAUCAUGCUGGGGGUGGGCUCUCGCUCUGUUGCAGGGGUCUGUAUGUCACCUAUCACGGUAAUCAAGACGCGCUAUGAGAGUGGGAAAUAUGGCUAUGAGAGUAUCUACGCUGCCCUGAGGAGCAUCUAUCGCAGCGAGGGGCACCGGGGCCUCUUCAGUGGCCUGACAGCAACUCUCCUUCGAGAUGCGCCCUUUUCAGGAAUCUACCUGAUGUUUUACAACCAGACCAAAAACAUAGUGCCCCAUGACCAGGUGGCUGCAACCCUUAUUCCUAUUACAAAUUUCAGCUGUGGGAUAUUUGCUGGUAUUCUGGCCUCACUGGUAACUCAACCUGCAGAUGUUAUCAAAACUCAUAUGCAGCUUUACCCACUGAAGUUUCAAUGGAUUGGUCAAGCAGUGACACUUAUUUUCAAAGACUAUGGACUACGUGGCUUCUUCCAAGGUGGCAUCCCCCGAGCCCUCCGCAGAACUCUAAUGGCAGCAAUGGCGUGGACAGUGUAUGAAGAGAUGAUGGCCAAGAUGGGCCUGAAGUCCUGACCAACAGAGGACUGGGAAAGGGUGAAAUCUAUUGCCCUGCUUGGUUUCUGCCAAGGGCUGCUGCUGCUGCUUACUAUUCUGCAGUAAGAUGACGUCCUACCUGGAAAGCGAGGCAGAAAUUGUGUUGCCUUUGCCUUCGGUAAUCCCUUUAAGGAGAAAAUAUAUGGACCUGAUUUGAGCCUUCAGAAUCUCCAAAAGAGAUGUCACCAAUACAUAGAGCACACUGGGGUGUUAGGAGAGACCUCUGCAUACCCUGAGAGGCUACUUGGAAAGGCAUUUUCCCAGGAGAGCUCUGUUAGGUGGCUGCACUUCAGCCCUGCACCUACACCACAGUGUCUCCUUGGGUAUGUUCUUGGGCAAGGAAUCUCAAAGCCAGAGAAGCUGUAAGCUGCCUGCCGGGCCUGAGGAGCUCCAGCCAGGGAAGACUGGAUGUGAGGAGACGAGUCACUGUCACCAGGUCACAGAAUGACUGAGGUGAUGGUAGGAUGAGAGGAACAGAUGCCCUUCUUUAAUUGGUUCUCAAUCAACUUCUCAGAGGCUCUGGAGAAUGGGACAGUGGCUUUCUAGCCUCUGAAUGUCCAGAUAAAAUUUUUUGGUCUUGGCCCCUGUACUGUUUUACCUCUAAAUUCUGGCAUUUUUUUUUCCCUGCAAUUAAAGUGUUUUACUUUAUUUAUUGAACUUUAUCAUUGAAAGCUGUUUGGAAAACCUAAAAGGUGUUGUCACAGUUCUUUUUUCUUUACCUGUGCCUUGUAAAAAUGGACUGAACCCUUUUCUAAAAUAAAAUAGUUCUAGGGUG